UGACGUUUGCCUGAGAAAGACAGGUGUGUGAGAUGUAGCUACAACUACACGGGAUGAAUUAACUAAUCUGGAACAGAGUAAAUUCAUUGAAACUGCAGAAAACAAGGCAGAGGCAGAAUGUUGGAGUCAUAUGUCACACCUCUGCUGAUGAGCUACGUGAACAAAUACAUCAAGAACCUGAAGCCCUCAGACUUGCAGCUGUCGCUAUGGGGAGGAGAUGUAGUCCUGAGCAAAUUGGAACUGAAAUUGGAUGUCCUCGAGCAGGAGCUGAAGCUUCCCUUCACCUUUCUGAGCGGCCACAUCCAUGAGCUGCGCAUCCACGUCCCCUGGACCAAGCUGGGCUCGGAGGCCGUGGUCAUCACCAUCAACACCAUGGAAUGCAUCCUCAAGCUGAAGGAUGGCGUGCAGGACGACCACGAGAGUGGCUCCAGCUCCACCAGCCGCAGUGCCUCAGAGAGCUCCAAGACCCUGGCCAAGCCACGCCGCCUUCAGCAGGCCACCCCCUCCGACCCAGACCUACCCCCAGGCUACGUCCAGAGUCUGAUCCGUCGGGUGGUGAACAAUGUGAACAUCGUGGUCAACAACCUCAUCCUGAAGUAUGUGGAGGACGACAUCGUCCUCUCCGUCAACAUCACCUCAGCCGAGUGCUACACCGCGGAUGAGUUCUGGGACCGGGCCUUCAUGGAUGUCACAGCUCCGGAUCUGGUUUUGCGCAAAGUGAUAAACUUCAGUGACUGUACGGUGUGUUUGGAUAAGAGGAACGCCAGCGGGAAAAUCGAGUUCUACCAGGAUCCCCUUCUGUAUAAGUGCUCCUUCAGGACGCGCCUCCACUUUACCUACGACAACAUCAACGCCAAGAUACCGGCCGUCAUCAAGAUCCAAACACUGGUGGAGUCCCUGAAGCUGUCCAUUACAGACCAGCAGCUGCCCAUGUUGAUCCGGGUCAUGGAGCUGGCCCUGGCCUUGUACUAUGGGGAGAUAGGAGCAGGGCAGGAGGACGAGAGGGAGGAGGCCAGCGGCCAUGCUAGGGACUCCAUCCACACCAUACCAGGUCUGGAAGGGGAUGCAGAGGCCCAGGCCAUGGCUGGACAGUACCCCAGCCCAAAUCUCUAUUUACCGGGGCAGGAGGGUGACCAGGGCUGGGUAUCCUGGGCCUGGUCCUUUGUUCCUGCCAUUGUAGGAGCUGAGGACGAGGAGGGCGAGGAAGGCUUCUACCAACAGAUGGAGGGGGGAGGCAGCCUCUCCGGCCCUCAGCAACACACGCCCAAAGACCCUGUAGUCUCCAUAGGCUUCUACUGCACCAAGGCCUCGGUGACCUUCAAGGUGACGGAGUUGCAGACCGAGAGCAGUUACUACAGCCCUCAGAAGGUUAAGAGCAGAGAGGUGUUGUGUCUGGAGCAGCAGGGUAUCACCAUCGAGGUGCUCAUGAUGGGGGAGCCUUUCUUUGACUGUCAGAUCGGCAUUGUGGGAGUCCGGGCGUUGUGCCUGAAAGGCAUCAUGGGUGUUCGGGACUUUGAGGAGAAUAUGAACAGGCGCGAGGAGGAGGCCGUGUUCUUCACCUGUGGAGAGAGUCUGAACAGCAAAGGAAUGACCUACCUGACCAACUCUCUCUUUGACUACCGUAGCCCUGAGAACAACGGGGUCAGAGCGGAGGUCAUCCUGGAUGCCAACAACCACAAGGAGACGUACACGGAGCUGGCAGGCAUGCAACGUUUUGGGGCUUUCUACAUGGAUUACCUGUAUACCACAGAGAACAGCAGCACCAAAGUGUGCGUAGGCCAGCAGGACGUCACCGCGACAACGGCGGUGAAGGAGGGUCCCGCCCCAGCGGUCCGCGAGACGGCGGUGAAGAGGCUCGUGGUGGGCCCGCUGGACCUGCGGCUCGACAGUAGCGCCGUGCACCGCCUCGUCAAGAUGCUGGCCUGCGCCGCCGAGCACGAGUACCAGCCCUAUGCCAAGCCGGCCCCAGACCCCGUUGUGGAGCCCCGGGCCCCGGCGAGCCAGGAGGAGGUGUUAGCCCUGGAGGAGUUCGUCCCCACCAGACUCACCUGUCUCACCCUGCUGGAGGUCACGGUCACCCUGAACAUGGCGGAGUUCAACCUCCUGCACACGCUCCUGCCCGUCAUCAUGGGAGAGAAGGCUCCUCCGUGUCCGGCGGCGGUGGCCGUGUUCCAGCCCGUGCGCCCCCUGCCCGCCCUCCGGUUCCAGGUGGACAGGGUCAAUGUGGAGCACUCCGUCCCCAUGUACGGCCCCGAGCUGACCAGCACCGUGGCCUCCCUCAGCCAGCCUUCUGACAACCUGCUGUACCUCUGUUACACACACUGCUACCUCAAGGUAUUCGGUUUCCAGGCUGGUUUGACGUGUCUGGAUGGUACAGGCAGCUUCCCCCCCCUGACACCCCUCAUCCCUUCCUUCAGCACAGCCUUCUACGGAAAGUUACUCCAGAUGCCUCAGUACUGGGCGAAGCGUUCAUCAGUCCCCAUCAUGGAGUGUAUCUUCGAGUUGCCCCACCUCACGGUGCAGGCCACCCGCCCCCAGACCCUGGUUCUCCAGGCCAUCGUCCAGAGCUGGACACACAGCCUGGAAGAUGGCUCUUCGCCUGGGGUCAAUCCGGCGCUGCUCAGCCACAUUCACGCGGAACCAGGUGUGAAGUCUCCCUCUCCGUCCCCGACCCUGGAGGCCUCGGUCCAGAAUGUCGAGCUGAAGUUCUGCCGCAGAGCGACGUUGGACUGUGCCGGGGGAACGCUGGGAGCUGUUAAAGUGUGUGCCAGGACUCCAGUACACAGCUGUACUGGGUUGACUCACCACCGUCCCCCCCCCCCAGGAUCCUCAGAUGGGGUGAAGGAGAAGUUGGUUCCCCUGUUCCAGGGUCCGUCGGACACCAGGGAGCUCCACCAGAGACGCUGGCUCAAUGAGAUCCGUAAACCUGAGUCCCUUCUGGCCCCCGACCUCCUGACCUUCUCCCUACAGAUACCCCGUCACGAGGACGACUGCCGGAACUCAGGGGCUGUGUUGCUGGUCAGUGUCCAGGGGGCGUCUGUCAACGUGGAUCCAGUGUUCUGCACCUGGCUUCUCCAUCAGCCUCAAAAGGGCUGCAGCAGACAACAGCAGGCCCAGGCUCCGGGGGUCGUUCCCAUGGUGAUGCCCAUCACCAAACGGAGGGAGGACGAGGGGUCGGUGGGGAGCACGCCGUUGGCCAGGCAGCUGUCCAAUCAGGCGUCGGACUAUGCCAGCAGUCCAGUCAAGACCAAGACUGUCACAGAGCCUCGUCCUCUGUCGCUCCCUAGGAAGGUGGUGCCCUCCUCCACAGAGGCGUGGACCACUUCCGAGGAACAUAUGAAAGAGGUGAUAGCCCACGUCUGGGACGCUGUGAAGCGGCUCACACUGCAGCUCGAGGUCCAGUCGUGCUGUGUGUUCCUGCCCAACGACAGCCUGCCCUCGCCCAGCACCAUAAUCUGUGGAGACAUCCCUGGGACCGUCCGCAGCUGGUACCACAACCAGGCCACCAUGCCUGGGACUCUGGUAGUCUGUCUCCCCCAGAUCACGGUGCUCUCCGCUGGACACAAGUACAUGGAGCCCUUGCAGGAGCUCCCAUUCCUGGUCUCAAGACCCAUACUGGAGGAAGGCGACGCCUUCCCGUGGACCGUGACGCUCAGCCACUUCAGCGUCUACACCCUCCUGGGUCAGCAGCGCUCCCUGGGUCUCCUGGAGCCCAUGGGCUGGACCUCCACGUUGGCCGUCACCUCCCACAGGCCGCAGGCUGCAGGCCCGGACGCACGACAUGCCUUCAUUGUCUGCCUGCAUGUGGACCUGGAGCCGUUGCUUAUCAAAGCCUCCAACCCACAGGUCCAGUUGUUGUAUGAGCUGUACCUGUCCUGGUGUUCCACUUGGGCCCGCCUGGAGAAAAGGGGUAUCCUUCGCCAGACCUCCACAAUCCCAGACGCCUCCGCGGGCCCCGCCCCCUCCUCCCCAGUCCGCUCCAGUGCAGGGACCGCUCCUCCCGACACCAGCACAUGCUCCCCCUCCGCGGACUUUGGAUCUCCCACUGAGGGGGACUCGGCUCAGGGAGGGGAGGACUCUCUGUUUUCUGAUACAGUGACCCUGGAGCAGAAGACCAGCAGCAUCGGGGGCACCAGUGGAAAGGUCAGCCUGUGGAUGCAGUGGAUGCUGUCCAAGGUCACCGUCAAGCUGUUCGCCCCCGACCCCGACGCAAACAACGCCGAGAUCUGUGUAGUCAGUGAGGCUGAGGACCUGAGUGCAUCAGUUGAUGUCCAGGAUGUUUACACCAAGAUCAAAUGUAAAGUGGGCUCCUUCAACAUGGACCAAUACCGGACCAGCCCGACGGAGGGCUGUCGUGCUGUGGGCCGCUGUGGAGGGGUGGUCCUGUCUUGCACCGAUAAGCUGAACCGACGUACAGUGCUGGUCCGACCCAUCAGCAAGCUGGACUCCUUCAGUCAUUUCUCUGGCUUCUUUCCUCCUACGGCAGCCAAGGUCCUGGAGGUGCCCUCUCACCAGCAGCACGGCUUCCUGUCCAUCACCUACACUCAGGCGGUUACCAGGAACGUUCGGCACAAGUUGACCACGCGGCCGGAGCGUUCGGGUUCUCGUCUGGCCCAGCAACUGACCGAGGGCCAGGCAGACGGGUCACCCCAGUACCUGAGAGAGAUCCUGCUUACCGCCCAGCCCUUUGACCUGGUGCUCUCCUGCCCCCUGCUGGCCACUGUUGUCGGGGUGUUUCACGCCGCGCUGCCGAGACGCUACCGGGAUCGAGGCAAGUCGGCUGGCCAACCAAUGCGGAGCCAUGCCCUGACGUCGCGCAGCUUGCCCUUGAUGUAUGUCAACACCUCCGUCAUCAGGCUAUUCUGUCCAGGAAACCAGGAGAAUAAAGACCAACACACAGAUGCCCAGCUGAAUAGAGAGGACACUCUGGUGUUGAAGAUCGGUUCCAUCAGCAUGGCCCCACAAGCAGAUAACCCUCUAACCCGUACUGUGCUGCGCAAGGACUUCUACCAGCGAGCGUUGAACCUGGGCAUCCUGCGUGACCCUGGGUCAGAGGUGGAGGACCGCCAAUACCAGAUAGACCUGCAGUCCAUCAACAUUGGCACCGCCCAAUGGGAACAGCUCAAACCAGACAAGGACGGCUCUAAGGGGGGGGUGUCGGUGGAGACGGAGAGGAACUCACAGAACCCAGCCCUGGAAUGGAACAUGGCCAGCAGCAUUAAGCGGCACCAGGAGAAGAGAGCCAUCCUGACCCCCAUCCUGACAGAUUUCUCUGUUCGAGUGACAGCAGCGCCUGCAAUCAUAUUCAGCAAGCCUGUUACCCCGGACAACGGACAAGCAGAGGAGGUGGUGGUGUGUGGUCAUUCCCUGGAGGUGAAUGUGACUUCCAGUCUGGAGCUGUACCUCAGUGUGGCCCAGGUCCACCUGCUGUACCAGCUGCUCCAAGACAACAUGGUGGGAGGUGCCCCACCCGAGAGGACCGGCCAGGUGUAUCGUGGUGAGCAGGAGCGUUCCUCCUCCACAGGGCCCGUCGGUGUGGACUCGUCUUCCCGCCACGGCGGCGCCCGGGACGGCGGCGCCCGGGACAGCGGCUUCGGCAGCGACAGCGCCCGGAUCCGCAUCGUUCAGAUCGAGCAGCAGAGCGGGGCGUCGCACCACUGCAUUGCCAGGCCCUCCCGCAAGUCCACCAUCAUCAAGAACCUCAGCUUCAUCCCCUUCGACAUCUUCCUGACCGCCAGCAGGCUGUCCCUCAUGACCUACGCCUGCUCGGCUCCGCCCAAAGCCCCCGAGGUGACACCCGCCACUCCUGCCUCGCCCGAGAAGGAGGUGGUUGCGGACAGGGUGGGGAAGACGGCUUUAAACCUGACGGAGGCCCCUAGUGACUCACCCUCCACCCCUCCCGCCUCCACCUCCCCAACCGUGGCCUCUCCUCCCCAGGUGCCCCUCUCAGGUCUGACAGCGGAGGACCUCCUGAACAGCAACACGUGUCCCCAGUCCCGGGGGCCCCAUGGCAGCCUUCUCUCCCUGGACUCCCUGCCGGCCCCCAGCCGCUCUGCGGCUCGCCAUGCCUUGGGGGUGACCAUCGUGAGGCAGCCGGGGAGGAGGGGUGCCGGGGACCUGGUUCUGGAGCCUCUGCUCUACCUCCAGGUGGUUCAGCCGUCGGCCCUGCUCAGCUGCCACCACCGCAAGCAGAAGAUGGAGUUGUCUGUGUUCGACGUGUCCCUAAGGGGGGUCACCUCGGACUACCAGUGUCUCGACCCGGGGAAGGCUCUCCCGGAGGCACUGGACUACAGUAUUUCCUGGCUACAGACAGUAGCAGGCCAAGCAGACAGUCAGACUGGUAUCCCACCUCCCCUGGCCUGUCUGACCAUCAAAGACUUCCUCAAUGGACCAGCGGAACUGAACGUGGAGCUUUCCCGGCCUCUGAAGGUGAGCCCGACCUUGACUAAGCUGGAGCAGGCCAAAGCCUACCUGAUGAAGGUUUUACCUGAACACUGCUGGGAUUCUGCCAAGCCCCCGUCCAGCCCCCAGUCCUCGCCCAGCAGGACCUCCCCAGCCCCCAGGAGCCCCCCGCUCCAGUCCUUCAGGACCUUGGCCCCGUUCCACAAGGUGUCCCUGCGCACGACCCAGAUUGUUGUUGUCAUGGAGACAGAGUCGCAUCCCGGUCGGCCCAGCCUUACCUGGUUGCUAUCGGCCAUGAAAGGAAGCAUGACCAUGAAGACUGGGCCCAAGCUGGAGGAUCCAGUCCAGUCCGCCUCUCUGCUGUUGGAGCUGCAGGAUGUUCUGGUGCGGACGGGUCUGAAGGAUCGGAGUCGCCUGCUGCUCGGGCCAUUCUCUUGUAGCGCCGCCCUGGAGGCCCGGUGGUGUAGGCACAGCAGCAGCCCUGGACCUGAGGCUGGAGCUCCGAAACUACUACUGGACCUGAAAGGAGGCCUGCUGCAGGUGUUCUGGGGCCAGGAACAUGUUUACUGCCUGAGGAUGGUGUACCAGCACCUCCAGGAAUACCUGCAGAGACACCAGGAGACCGAGUCUGGGCCUGGAGUUGAAGUGGAAAAGCUUUCAUGUGACAACCAGCUGCCCCUCUCCCCAAGUAAAACCCCUUCCCCCAGGACCGAACACAGCUCAGAUGACCUUCGAACUGGGCUGUUUCAGUAUAUUCAGGACACAGACUCCCAGAAGCUGCCUGGCCCCUAUGAGGUUGUGUUCUACAAUGAGACGGAAGACAGUCCUGGUGUUAUGCUGUGGCGCUACCCAGAACCCCGUGUGUUGACGUUCGUACGCAUCACCCCUGUCCCCUUCAACACCACCGAGGACCCAGAGAUCAGCACGGCAGACCUGGGUGACAGACUGCAGGUGCCGUGCAGCCUGGAGUAUUGGGACGAGCUCCAACACGCUUUCAUUCCCUACCGGGAGUUCAGCCUGUCAGAGAGCAGUGCCUGUGAGCUGACUCUGCCCAGCCUGACGCUGACCAAUGAGCAGAAGGAUCUCGUGACCUCAGACCUUUGGAGGAUUGUCCUCAACAACAACACGGACGGAGGAGAUGAGCAGAGUUGUGACAGUGAGUCAGGCUCUCAGCUGGGCUCCCUGGGCUCCCAGCUCCUGCCCUGUGACCAGCUGGUCUCCCCCACUGCGCUGGCAGCGUGUACCCGUGUCGACUCCUGCUUCGCCCCUUGGUCCGUGCCAUCACUAGGCAUCUCUCUCACCCUGGCACAGAUGCAGUUGUACCUCUGCCACCACCUGGAGCAGCUUGGCACAGUACCGUCCCGUCGACUCCGCCCCUUCCUGCCGGACAGGAAGCUGCCUCAGGAGCAGGAGUAUUUGGUCCUCGGGGCCCAGGAGCCACGGGUGUACCUCCGUCAGUGGGGCGGUAGCAGUGAGGACGGCUGCGCCGGGCCGUGCCGGGAGCUCCAGUUCUCCGCCGGGCUGGACUGCCGGCUUCUGGAGUACCGAAACCUAACGUGGCUCCGGCUGCUCCAGCCGGUCACCCUGCAGGGCCAGGUCGCGGCCACGCGCUGCCACGACGACACGUUGCUGGACGGGAACGUCUUCAUCGACCCCGUGUUCAUCAGCGUCAGCCAGUACACAGUACACACCCUGGACACGGCCCUGCGGAGCUGGAAACAGAAUGGCGAUGCGGGCGCAGAGGAGUUGGUGUUUAGCCACUAUGUGAUCUGUAAUGACACCCACGAGACGCUGCGCUUCGGCCAGGUGGAUACGGACGAGAACGUUUUGCUGGCUUCCCUACACAGUCACCAGUACAGUUGGAGGAGCCACAAGUCUCCACAGCUGCUCCAUGUCUGUAUCGAGGGCUGGGGUAACUGGCGUUGGUCGGAGGCCUUCAGCGUGGAUAACGUGGGCACUCUGCUGAGGACGAUCCAGUAUAAAGGGCGCACCGCCUCCCUCAUCAUCAAGGUGUUGCAGCUCAACGGCGUCCAGAAACAGAUCAUCAUCUGUGGGCGCCAGGUGAUGUGCAGCUACCUGUGUCAGGACAUUGAUCUGCGUGUGACCCAGCACUACGUGGGUCCAGACGGCCAGACGGUGGUCCGGGAGCACGCUGACUGUCUGGAGGCGGGGAGCAAGCUGCCCACCUACGUCCUGGAGGACCUCGAGAUGACAGAGCUCUGCGUCCGAGCCCGAGGGGACGAGGACUGGUCGCAGGACGUCCGGCUGGAGAGGAGCGAACGGGAGAGGCUGAGCAGCUCCGUGGUCCAGGUGCCUUGUUCCAGCGGCUCGCUGCUCUACGUUUGGUGUACCCUAAUCACCAUCGAACCUGAGUCUCACAUCCAGCAGAGAGUGGUGGUGUUCAGUCCUCUGUUCAUGAUGCGGAGCCACCUGCCAGACCCGGUCAUUGUCCACAUAGAGAAGAGAAGUCUGGGUGUGAGGGACAGUCAUCUGAUCCAGGGUCAGGGGCACCAGGAACCACUACUGAACACGGAGAAUCAUCUGACUCAUCACCUCACUUUCCAGGCCAGGGAGGAAGAGGAUGCCUCUCGCUGUGCUGUGCCUAUAUCCACAGCUCUGAUUAAACAGAUCAGCCAGCAGGACCGGGCGGGGCUGGAGGGUAACCUGGAAGACAUCCUGUCAGACUUCUACGGAGUGAAGAGCCAGGACCAGACUCCCUGGCCCUAUGUGUCCAAAGACACACAUGGGUCUCCCCUCCAGCCACCGCUGGCCCAGUGGGACAGCCCCAUGCAGGUGAAGCUGUCUGCCUGGAGGCCGGGUCUCAACACCCUGCUGGUGGAGCUGCUGCCGUGGGCCCUGCUGGCCAACCGUUCCACCUGGCACCUCUGGCUGUUCGAGGGAGAGACCAUCACAUUGCAGGUCCCCCCUGGGAAGACCGUCGUGCCCCCCAACUUCAAGGAACCGUUUCAGCUCGGUAUCUACUGGCCCCACACUAACACGGUCCAUAAGUCCACCGCGCUGAAGCUGGUCCACGACAUGACCUCCCCACGUUGGAAGGAGGGGGUCAGCCCAGAGGUCCUCACCCUGGAUGAGGAGGGCUGCAUCGAGGCAGAGAUCACCCUGGGCUCCAGCCCUAGAAGACAGACGAUGUGUCAGUUCUGCGUGUCAUCUGUAGUGAGGCAUGGCAUUCAGAUCCUACUGAUAGAAGACAGGACUGUUCUGGUCAACAACACGCCCUACCAGCUGUCCUGUAGAGCACUGCUGUCUGACCAUGCUCUGGUGUCCACAGGCCAGGCCUGUUCCCUCCCAGAUACAGCCGUGUUCAGCCUCUCUCCAGCUGCGGAGAAGACCCCCUCCAGGGCGGUGUCUGUGGCCUGCUGGGACCUGCUCCGAGAGGGGGUCCAGGGGGCGCCGGACACCCCCCUCUCCCCUGUCCCUCUCCGACACAUGGUGUUCAGCUGCCUGCCCAACCCCGACGCUGACCCCUCCGCUGCGUCCUGGAGCCUCCCGGCCCCCAUCAGACCGGACUUCCCCCGGCAGAGUGUGGCCGUCCCUGGGGAGACCUGCGGCCAGAGCGGCCUGAGCACCAGAGCCUUGGUGUUGACAUUCCAGGAGCAUCUUGGGAUUAACUACCUGACACUGAAUGAAGACCCCUGUCCUCCGAUGCUCAUCCACAACCAGACGCCCAUCAGAUUACUACUUAGGGAGAACAUCAAGGAGUCACCCAGAGCCGAGGUGUUCUGCCGGACGCUCCCUGCCAACUCCUCCCUCCACCAUGCGCUCUACCACCACUCCUCCAGCUUCCCCGACUGCAGACAGCGAGAGCCCCUUCCCUCCCUGCUGCUGCGCACAUGUCCUGACACGCCCUCCGGCUCCGACCUGCAGCCCGGCAACCUUCAGGCAGCACCAGAGUGGACCGACCCAGUGGACAUCAACUGCCCAGGGACACAGGUUGUGUUCUUGCCAGGGUUCGGCUGUCUUUACAUUGACGUGGUUCACCGAAGUGGCACGAUCAUCCUGACUUUGGCACCAGAGGGCGUCGGUGACUCUGUCGUGAGUCUGCAGAACAGGAUGUCCCAGCUAAAGCUGGCAUUCAGGGUGUUGCUGAGCGAGGCCAGCUUGUCUCUGAAUGAUGACAUCACCAGCCGGUCAGGUUCUGUGGAGCUGCUGAGGCUGACACUGUCCAAGCUGCUGCUUAACCUGUCCCCUGCCCUGUUGGCCGACUCCGCCCUGACACUGGGAGGGCCCGGCCUGGGUCUGGGCAGCGCUGGGUGGGGAGAGACAUGUCUGGUGGAGGUCCACUGUGCAAGUCUCCAGGUUGAUAAUCAGCUGUAUAGCCGGGCCAGCUUCCACUUCCCAGUGCUGCUGUGUCAGGAGCAGAGGGUGGAGCCUCCACCCUGGUCCAGCGAUGCUAACCCCACCUGCUCCCUACGGGCCCUGGAGGAGUUCAAAUCAUCCUGCUUUCUUCAUCUGGGAUUCACCCUGGACCGGGAGUUCUGCAGCGUGGACCAGGUGACCCUCCACAUCCAGCCAGCCCGUCUGUACCUGGAGGACACGUUUGUCUACUACAUCAAGACUCUGUUCCACACCUACAUCCCCGACUCCGCCCUGGCCCCGCCCCCUGACCCCGCGGAGCGCCCCGGGGGGCCCAUCCUCCCGGGGUCAGUCAUCCAGUCCACCCACGCCCUGGUGCAUCCUCUCAGGCUGCAGAGACUGGUCAUCCAGCCGGUCAACCUGUUGGUCAGCGUCCACGCCUCCCUGAAGCUCUACAUCGCCUCAGACCACACCCCGCUGUCCUUCGGCCUGUUCGAGAGAGGGCCGCUCUGCACCACGGCACGGCAGCUGGUCCACGCGCUGGCCAUGCACUACGCCGCCGGCGCCCUGUUCAGAGCUGGCUGGGUGGUGGGGUCCCUGGACCUCCUGGGCAGUCCUGCCAGUCUGGUGAGAUCUAUUGGUAACGGGGUGGCUGACUUCUUCCGUCUGCCCUAUGAGGGUCUGACCCGCGGCCCGGGGGCUUUCGUCAGCGGUGUGAGCAGGGGGACCACGUCGUUCGUAAAACACAUCUCAAAAGGCACGCUGACUUCCAUCACCAACCUGGCGACGAGCCUGGCCAGGAACAUGGAUCGCCUGUCCCUUGACGAGGAGCAUUACACCAGACAGGAGGAGUGGAGGAGGCAUUUGCCCGAGAGCCUGGGGGACGGACUCAGACAAGGCUUGUCCAGACUGGGGCUCAGCCUCCUGGGGGCGAUAGCCGGCAUUGUGGACCAGCCCAUGCAGAACUUCCAACGGGGUUCCGAGCUCCAGAGUUCCGCUGGCAGCAAAGCCAAAGGGGUCAUCUCUGGGGUUGGAAAAGGCAUUGUAGGGGUCUUCACCAAACCUAUAGGGGGCGCUGCAGAGCUGGUCUCACAGACUGGUUACGGUCUCCUCCAUGGAGCAGGUCUGUGGCAACUCCCAAAACAGCUGUACCUCCCUGCAGAUGAGAAGUCAGCCCUCGCUCCCAACAGCCAUGUCAAAUAUGUCUGGAAGAUGCUCCAGUCCCUGGGUCGCCCAGAGGUGCACAUGGCCCUGGAGGUGGUGAUUGUGUCCGGGUCGGGCCAGGAGUACGCGGGGUGUCUGCUGCUGACCGGGGAGGUGUUGUUUGUGGUCAGCCUGUCGGAGGACACACAGCAGCAGGCCUUCCCCAUCACGGAGGUGGCCUGUCAACAGGACCCCCUCCACCAGGGGGCGCUCAUCCUGACACUGCAGCAACAAAGACUCAGCAACGACGCAGAGGGUGAAGGUGGUCGGGAGAGACUGUCAGAGCAGCAGUACCGUCGCCUGAUGGACUAUGUGACGCGUUCAUCUGCCUUCCUCUCGCCGUCCGCCUCGUCCCUCCAGCAGGCUCCUCCCAUCACCGCCGCGGAGCCGGCCCCCGCCGUCACCAAGACCUACCGAUACCUGGUGGACCCUGCCCACGGCUCUGUGUUCGUCUCCAAGUUCACCAUGGUCAAGAACAAGGCGCUGCGCAUAGGCUUCCACUGACACACACAGACACACACACACAGACACUCAGAGUCUCGAAAUGGAAACGGCCAACUGGAUGCACACAAACUGGAUUUAGGUCGUACUUCCAGGAAAUGCCUACGAAAGUUCAGUGCCCUUGUUAUGCAAUAAUCUAAGCCAAGGUACACUGUCACAAUAGGAAAGAGGAGGGUUUAUAUUUUUUAUUAAACAUUUCCAAGGCCUUUAAUACACCCUCUGUAGUGGUGAACACUAACACCGACGAGAUGUAGACUCCCAAAUGACCCCAGACUUCCCAUAGGGCUCUGGUGAAAUGUAGGGCACUACAUAUAGAAUAGGGUACAAUUUGGGAUGCUGAUUCAUUAUGUCCUUAACGGAGUGGCUCUGUGUCAUUUCUUAAUGUGUAACUUAGGGGUUUCCAACCUAAUGCUGAGGGAAGGUUGUGUUUCCAACCUAAUGCUGAGGGGAGGUUGUGUUUCCAACCUAAUGCUGAGGGAAGGUUGUGUUUCCAACCUAAUGCUGAGGGGAGGUUGUGUUUCCAACCUAAUGCUGAGGGGAGUUUGUGUAAUGGAUGAUGACCAUGGAAGUGCAAUAUGAAUGUUGGACAAGGCUGAAGAACAGAAGGAAUAUUAUGGCUAAUAUCCAAGCUGUCAAACCAAAGUGUUUUUUUUUUUUCUCCCGCCAUCUUUCCGUUUCUUUUCUAUGUAUUUUUGUAGAAGAUGUAACACAUGUUCAACGUUGAUAACUGUUCCGUGUUUUUUUGUGUUCAUGCCAAAAUCAUCAUAUUGCCUUUUUAAUGCCAUCGAGGGACAGAAAGGUUUAUGGAAUAAUCCACAGUUUUGUACUCUAACGCUUUUGAUGGUGUUACUAGAUAAUAUAUUACUGUAUUUAUAGUUGAAUAAAUAUGACAUUCUAAUUAAA